AUGUACGUGGGCCCUCAGUCCCGUUUAUUGGGAGCAUACCCACAAAAGACGUGUCUUUUAAAUAUACCGGUCCCCAUCUUUGCCGAUCUUCAUACAAUAACUGGAGCCAUUUAUUCCCCCCCAGGCCAGACGUAUGAUAUCCGGGCUCAUCAUUGGAUGAUUGUGACUGAGCUCGACAUCGAUUAUUCUCCACCUGAGAGCAUCCACGAGCUUGAUGAUCACCAUUGCAGGACAUCCCGUCCUUGUUUCCGGCCUUGGAUUGCUGGCUUUGACUCCGUUUUCAUAAUCAUCAUCCUCACCGAAAAUAGGCUCAGUGUUGAGACAAACUGCCUCCAUCUAAAUACGACCAAAUUUAAUCUCAUCGACGACCGUAAAAGGGGAAAACGGGGUAAACCAGCAGAUUCAAAGUCAUCGAGGAAAUAUCCAUUCAGAGCAUAG